CUUCGGGCCCUUCGAGUGCUGGGCGAGUCCAACUUGCAUCGUGAUCGGUGCUUCCACUUCUUCCCUUCCCCUUCCAUCUUCGCUUUCGCAAGCUAUUUUGUCCCGCCUGCUUUCGCUGCUUUUCUCUGAGCGCCCACCAUCAUUCCUUAUUGCUCACUCUACACGCCUCAAGAUGCCCUCGUCCGACAAGCGUACUUCCCGCUCUUUCCAACUUACUCGCCAUCGCCCUCGUUGCGUCCGCUUCGCCCCCAAUAAGCACCAACGACGUCGUCCCCUGACUGCAGUCUACAACAACCAGCCCUCCAACGCUGGACUUCAACCGCAAGACGAUGAUUUCCUCAUGAGGACAAUGUACUUCCCUGACGAAGACCUCUGGGCGACGUACGCCGCGGAGCUGCAGGAAGCGCUCGGAGAACGGCGUGAGCCCUCGGGGCGGCUUCGAAAGCUCAGGCGCUUCUCCAUCCUCGUCGUUGAUCUUGCCCUUCGCAAAGCCCGCUCAUGCGCGCGUAAGCUCAGCAAGGACGCUGGACCCUUGGCGUAGACGAGCCUCACCACAUCUUUACGAACCCUGUUUCCUUGACUGCAAUUGCUAGACGUACCUGCUAAGUAAUUCACACGUCCUGUAUCUGUGAACACUGACUCAACCGCGGAAGGUUGUACAAUAGUGUAACCAUACACCUUUCUUGGGUUUCCCGGCGCGCCGCCGAAGUA